AUGCACUCUGAGUUUUCCAUGAAGGAUUUGGGUCCUUUGAGAUAUUUUCUUGGCGUGGAAUUAGUCCCGAAUUCAGAUGGUCUUUUGUUGUUACAGCGUAAGUAUAUCAAUGAUAUUCUAACACGCUUUGAUUUAGCCCAAUCAAAGCCUGUUCUUACCCCUCUUCACAGCAAGAUGGACUGGAAUUCUGUUGAGAGUCCAUUGCUUGAUGAUGCUUCUAUUUUUCGACAAAUGGUUGGUAGCCUUCAAUUCUUAUCUUUUACAAGGCCAGAUAUCCAAUUUGCAGUUAACCUUGCUUCACAAUUUCUUCACAAGCCUCGCCAGAUUCAUCUACAAGCAGUCAAGCGCAUCUUUCGCUAUCUCAAGGGCACUAUUAGCAAUGGACUACAGCUUUAUGCCCGUUCUCCUUUGUCUCUUACUAUAUAUUCUGACUCUGAUUGGGUUGGAUGCACAGCCCCUAGGCGAUCAACCUCUGCGAAGAAGCAACCUACUGUGGCUAGAUCAAGUAUUGAAGCUGAGUAUAGAGCUCUAGCUACAGCAACAGCGGAGGCUACUUGGUUGCAGUUUCUUCUUCGUGAUCUAGGCAUUUUUCUUAAAACUCCUAUGCUGGCUAAGUGUGAUAACAUUGGUGCUAUACAUUUAGCUCAUAAUCUUGUCUAUCAUUCUCGUACUAUGCAUGUGGCUUUUGAUUAUCAUUUUAUUCGUGAAAAAGUGGAUCAAGGCAAUCUCAUUGUUUCUCAUGUUCACACAUCUCAGCAAUUGGCAGAAUUGUUCACCAAAGUACUUUCUUCUACAAGGUUUCAGGAUCUUCUCAACAAUCUUCAUGUCCGUUCCUCCCCUUCAGAUUGA